CUAAAACCUCGUGUCUAAAACGUAUGACCAGCCAAUCCAAUCCAGCAAAUACUCGAUUUGGUGCCGCCACAUAGGUGGUGCAAGCCACAUACGGAUGAAGAUGUAACACCAACGUCACUGCGGAUUCUGCUGACAAGUCCAUGUUUUGACUGCAAAUUCAGAUCAGCUGCCUUCCAACUCUACUUUCCAAAGAGGCCCGGUGACCAUGCCACCCAAGUUCAGGAGGUACCUCUCUGAGGAGGAUGUGUCUGAAUCCCAUGACGCCGAGCGGGAAAAAUUGCUUGGUGAGGAAGACGACGAUGACUUUUUCCUCAAGGGACCAUCUGCAAGUAACAAAACACUCAACGUUCAGGACAAGAAGCUGCGAAGGGUACAGUUCCAAGUGGAUGAAGUCUCUGAUAUCAUGAAAGGCAACAUAGAGAAAAUUAUGGAGAGGGGAGAGAGACUGGAAGAUUUGGGAGACAAAUCAGAUGCACUGGCCACUCAUGCUGAUCAGUUUCGCUCAACUGCAAAAAAGAUGCAGAGCCGAAUGUGGUGGCGUAAUAUGAAGGUGAAAAUCAUACUUGCUGUGAUCAUACUUGUCGUCAUGCUAAUUAUAUUUGUGCCUAUCAUUGUGCGGAACUCAUGAAGUGGCCUUCUAAUGCAUUCCCCAUCAAAGCUAUGGUGGCGUCGAUCGUGUCCUUCAUGUCACAAACAGUAUCAAUUUAUUUGCAAGAUUUUUCUUUUGAAUACAGCAUUUAUUAAUGUCAUCAGACUUCAUCGUGCAGCAUUUACAGUUGCAUUUUUGUAUAAAUGUAUUUCUAUUUAUUUGACUUUGCUGGACUGUGUAGAAGUUGGAUAACAAGUGGCUUUGAUGCUGUAAUAGCAUCUCAUGGAUUCUACAAGUUGUUAAUGCAGAUAUGGUGUCUAGCCUAGAUUGCUUAGUUAGGCACAGAGAAUGCCUCUAUUACGCAGGGUGUCAUUAAAAAUGAUAGAUGUGCUAUGAAUUGGGAUACAUGUACAUACAGUAUAUAUCUCUGUGAACGCAGGAAAUAUAGUUGAUAGUGCAUAAUAUAUUUUAUAGUCUGGCUAAUGUCGUAAACUAGCUGGUGAUGUUUUAAACAUUGGAACAUUGCAGGGGCGUGGCAAAUUGUGGCGUAUAGGUAUAUUAAUUUUCUUGAGAGCUCAGGCGACAUGUUCAGCAACUUUGCCCAUAGAUUUUGCUGAUGUAUAGCUGUGUUUACAAGUAGCAUUGUAGCCUGGAUAUGCAACAGGACCGAAAGCUGCGUAAAAAUUGCUGAGCUUUAUUCCAAAUCGUUAUGUAUGGGUAUUAAAGAAUUUCUUAGUGCCAUGCUGCAAAGCUAGUACCAGUAUAUCUAAAGCUAAAACUUAACGUAACGGCUUUGGUAUUAACCUGAUUCACCGAAGCUAAUAAAUUUGUUCCAGUUGCUUUCCUCGAAAAUACUUUUUAUUUGUUGUAUCAUUAAAAGGAUACUUUUUAAAAAUCGCAAAUUAUUAGGAUUAGUGUUUUGAUAGUAAGAAAAUGUUCAUUUUAUAUCUGUGUCGACUUUAUGUUAUAUAUACAUGUCGAAGGACACAUUCAUUAAUUUCUACAUUUCCAGUGAGUAAGCUCAGCAUGUUGCAUCUCUCUCAUAAGCUGGAUUAGAAUUCUUGCUGUGGAAGGGGUUGACAAUGUUCCUUGAGGAUUUCUGACCGUUCCCGGUUUCUUCAGUAUUAUGGGUCUAAAAGCUGCCCAGGACGUGUUGCAUCAGGUAAUUUUCUUCCAAAGUAAUUCUCCGCUAGAUGGCUUGUCAGUUAAAGGAGCUGUGCACGCUUCCUGCACAAACUUUCUGCUUUUGGUAGCAGUGAGUUGUAUGCCAAAUAUGGAGUCCUUACACAAGAAGUAUCAGUGUAGCUAACCUGUAGCAUGUGCCAGAGGCCUUUAAUCAGCACACACACACACUAGAAUCUGCUUCACUUCCCUGUAGUCCAUCCAAGUGAGGUGACACGCUUGUAAUGAGGAGGGCCCUGCCAAUCGGGUGGUGUUAUGUUGACCGGCUUGCUGGAGCACCACGUCCGUAGCAGACAAAUCUUUAGUGGCAGACGAGAUGCUCAUCUUCCUUUGGCAUUACAACAGCAGGAUAGGGUAGAGCUUUUAAGAUUUUGCCACUCUCAUGCAUUUGUGAUUCUUCAGGGUGAUUUUGUAAAUUGAAUUGUGCAGUGGUACGACACUGUUUAAUGAAAAUAUUUUGCACGCCACUCCAGCAGACUGCUUGUGAAUAAGCAGGGCAUUGAACAAUCCUACACAUCAUUUAUGGGAAGUUGUUACAGAAGUUUGCAAUUCUAUAAUUUGGGGUCUUCAGUGAAACCUACACUCAUUUUCAAGCAAGAUAAUACCACUGUUACACGUGCAGUAUCCAAUGAUCAUUGAAACGAAUGGCCACUGAACUAGGGAUCCUACAUACACGUAUGUAGGCUCCCUACACUGAACGUGCGCCUAGCGCCACCAAGCUUGUAACGUGGAAACCUGCGAGGGAGCCUUGGAUCUAAUGCUUCCUGCAAAGUUUACACAUUACACACUAGAUGUUUACAUGUUCAUGCAUGACAUGUUCAAUGCCUGUUGAUUUCAAUGAUAAUUGAAGACUGCCCGUGCGACAGGGGUAUAAGGGCUUGACAGCGUGUUGUAGUUACAGUGUGCUUUACAUUGCAGCUCACUCCAUUACUUCCAGAGGUAGCCUCCGUACUAAAAAAUGCUAUACAGCAGGUUCUACAAUCUACAGUAUGUACAGGUUGCGACAAAAGUUUACGGAACACGGGAGUCUCGCAUAAAUGAUACCUGCAGUGAUACCUUUGCAGCAAACGGGAGCAGAUAGAUUUACAGGCAGGUGACUGGGUAUCUCUUGCACCUCUCAGUGAUCGUGUCUACUCCUGUUCGCUACUAGGGUGUCGCUCCGAUCAAGAAAUAUGUCGCUGUGGUGUUCCAUAACCUUUUGCCGGGACGUCUACUGCAGUGCGUCACAGUGUGUGGUUUAUGUCAGGAUGCCUGGAACAUGUUUCAUGGCGUGUAUGUCAAGUUUGCUCUUUGUGCUUUACUCAUAGCACGUUGUGUGGGGUUUUAUGUUUUCUGAAAAUCAGGGAGUGGGGGAGGGGAGAUGUAAAAGUCAGGUCUUAUUUCAGAAGCUGUAAAACAGGGUAAAAUCGGGUGAUAUCGGGUGGAAAAUAAAAAACGAGAGCUUCUCGCAUUCUACAUGAACACAAGAUGUGGAAUAGCUGUGCUGUAAGUGCAGUGCUUAGCAUUCUCCUGUGCUCAUAUUGAUGGCUGAAUUGGCACUUUGCCAAGUCAAUUUUCGUGGGGUUUCAAGUUUUACCCUAAGUGACGGUUAUGCAAAUCAGGUAAAAACGGAUUUUACUGGGUUUAACCUUAAAACACAAGGCCCUAUUUACUCGUUAUGUAUUGCCAGAAGCUAAGCGCCUAGCAGUCUCUUUGCAAGACAUUUCAUGACUAUGAUUCAUUUUGGUGUAGCUUCCAGCACAUCGUUGACAUAAUUUUUAAGAUUCAAAAUUUAUACCUUUUUGCAUUCAUGUGGUGCCAGCUCAUUUUUAUGUGUGCUGCAAGUGUGUACAUUGCAAAGACAUCAACACUGUGUGGUACAUUUGGGAUGCACAGUUUGUGUGAAUAUUGUCCUCUUUACAAUGCGAUGCUGUACGCAAAUGUUAUAUUUUGUGUACAUGAGCUAUAUUGAUACCACUGCAUAGAGCAUGCGACAAUGAAUGAUUUCAACUGAAUUUCUCCCUUGCCUUAGCUCAAGUUGCUGCUGUAUAGGGUAGAGGUGUCCAAGUGUAUUUUUGUCAUAUAAUAAUUUUUUUGACCUAGCCAUAGCUUUUUAUAAUCAUGCACGUGCACACAUGUUUUGCUUCUGAGCCUUAAUGAUACAUGUGAACGUACUCUAGUCACUUGUUAGAGAGUUUGAAACACUGGGUGUUUGAAAACUAUUAGUUUGAAACGAUGAAAGUUUAUAAUGCUGGGAGUUCGAGCCAGUGGAAAUUUGGAACGUUGAGAUUGUCGACAAGGACAGAGGUCAGAGGUGGGAUGAACCCCGAGGAAGUUGUAGAGGAGCACCCACUCGAAAAGGCAUCUUGUAAUUCUAAGCAGGCAGUUACGUCCUGGUUAAUCAGUUGUGCGUAACUUCUUGCAUACAGCUACCGAAAUGGCAGUGUGAUUUACGGUGAAAAUAAUACCUUUCCAUCCUCCAACACCUGUUAUUAAUCUAGGCAAUGAUAUUCAGGAAGAUGAAAUAGAUGCGUAGGUUGGGGAUGUGGGUAAAUGAUGCAGGUGUGAGUUAUUUCUGGAAAUAAUCACUUUUGCUUUCCCAAUUUGAAUCAUAGCCUAGGAAAGUAUGAGACAAACAGUAAGAUCACAACCAGCUGGCGAAAUGGUUUUACACUCAUGCACCAUGCACAUUUUUAUGUAGACUUUUUGCAUUUUUUUCCCAAGGCCUCCUGUUGACUGCUAAUGGUAAUGAUAACCUGUAUCACAAUUUAACGAAAGAGAAUAAUCUCAUAAGGCCAGUACGUUGACAAGCUUUGUACAGUUUGAGUCAUGACUAACGCCCCGGGUUUUCGGCGAUUCCGCGAAAUGUCGCGGAAUCCUUCGUUUGGCACGGAAUUUCACGGAAUUCCUUAUUUUUAGGGGUGUGCGGAUAUUCGAGUUCUCGAAUUUGAAUCAAAUAUCAAUCACGCGAAGUAUUUCAUUCGCGAAUCGAAUACCCAAUAUUUAGAUUUCCGAAUAUCGGACUAUUCGCCGAAUAUGAAAGACACCUCCCUAAAGUGGGCUUCACCUGAAGCUUCCCUCCUUGAGAUGAAGCCUGCUUUACGAAACUGCCCAUGCUGCAGGACCAGCACAGACAGAUUUUAGUUUAGCUGAAGAUAACGUUAACCCAAGUUUAUUGUGCAUACUUUGCCUGAGGAAGGGGCGGCGUCCCUCCCGUGUGCAGCUUAGCGGUGGCAGUGGGCGACUUUGAUUUGAUGUCUGCGAGUCUGCCUUUAAAUACCCUUAAAUAAUGCCUACAGCCGAGAAACAAAAAGGGUGUCCAGUAACUUCCACAGGGCAUCUAUUGUAAGCGUCUUCCUAUAACGUUCCUAUAAACUCUGUAGAUGCUGAAAGAUCUUUCAGCAGGUAUAAAAUGAUUGCAGGUGACAGACCUCUGUUUUUGUCAGAGGAGAACACAAAGAUAUCAUGUAUGUAAUGCUGAGCCACAACAGUGCUUUCAAUCUGUAAUUUUAUAAAAUAUUUUUGUUCCCACAUUAUCCAAGAAAAUAAAGUGUUUCCCAUUUCAAGCAGCCAUUGACUGCUUGCCGCAGAAAAUCGCGGAAUUUACGAGUCAGUGCCGCAGAAUUUUGAAUUUGCCGCAGGAGAAAACCAGGGGUCUUAGUCAUGGCGCACUUUUUUAUACCUAGGAUGCUGGUAUAUAACUUGUAUGUGUUUGUUGCAGUGCCUUGUAAUUAACAGGCUAUAAUUUCCCAUGACAAAAGAAAUCCAGGAGGAGUUUUUUUUAUUUUACUGGAAAUGAUGUGGUAUUGAUGGAUAUUAUGCACGUCACACUUUUGAUCUAGGGGCAAAUAAUACAGCGUAGCCCGUGAGGGUGGGAAGUGGUAAUAUUGUGAAAACUGGUGCAUACGCUCCAGAAAGAUUUUCUUGUGCAUCAUGCAGCUGUAGACACAAUGAUGAAAGCAACAAGAUACCUCUAGCUGCAUAUUUCUACUUUUAUUUGUCAUUAAGGAGACAGCACCUUCAAAUCUUAGUUUGCUGCCAGAGGAGAAUGUUACAUUCCUUGUAUAUGCACAUGCUUGUAUUUUCUGAGAGCACAUCAGCUCUCUCGCACAUGUAAGGCAAUCGUUGUACGCAAGUAAACGUUAAAGGUGCCUUGUGUA